CGUAGAAUAAAAAAACUUUUGCCUUUUUUUGAUGAUCCUACUCUUCUCCUUCUUGUUACUUCGUUAGUCUUAUCUAGGAUUGAUUAUUGUAACUCGCUCUACUGUGUUCUUCCUGACUCUAUACUCUAUCCUUUAAGUAAAGCUUUUAACUCUGCUGCUCGUCUAGUUGCUCGUGCCCCUUUCUUUUCUCAUAUAUCUCCAUAUUUUGUUCUCUUGCAC